CGCAAUGUGGCACCCCACAAACUUUAUUAUAAAUAUAAGUAGAUGGGAAGGCGUGUGGUUGUUAAACGCAAAGAAAAACAUUCGAUUAUACAAAAACAAAAGCUAUAAAAAUCUUUAAAAAAAAAGAAGCAAGAGAGAGAAUGAAAGAUGAUACGAAGGAAGCAAAAUGGGCACCAGUGAUAGUAAUGUUAAUAUCAAGUGUUGCAAUGGGAUCAGUGAAUGCUCUCGUUAAGAAAGCACUUGAUGUUGGUGUUAAUCAUAUGAUCUUUGCUGCCUAUAGAAUGGCUAUUUCUGCUUUAAUCUUGGUUCCGUUUGCUUACAUUUGGGAGAGGAAAACAAGACCAAGGCUAACGUUCAUGCUCUUGUGCGAACAUUUCAUCAGCGGAUUACUUGGGGCAAGUUUGAUGCAAUUUUUCUUUUUGCUUGGACUAUCGUACACGUCAGCAACUGUUUCGAUGGCUCUAAAUAGCAUGUUACCCGCAAUUACCUUUGCGUUGGCCCUCAUUUUCAGAAUAGAAAAAGCGCAAAACCUGCAGAGCAAAGCAGGUGUGCUCAAGUUAAUAGGAACCCUAAUUUGCAUACUUGGAGCAAUGUUCUUAACAUUCUACAAAGGUCCACAAGUAUCAAACCUUCAUACUCAUCCAGAGGCUCUUCACAACAACACAUUACAUAACAAUGGUCACGGCCAAACAAAGAAAUGGCUUCUAGGGUGUCUUUACUUGUUCACUGGGACAGUGUUAUUGUCUCUUUGGAUGUUGUUUCAAGGGAAAUUAAGCGUUAAGUAUCCUUGCAAUAAGUACUCAAGUACUUGUCUCAUGUCAGUCUUCGCAGCAUUUCAAUGUGCCCUUUUGAGUCUUUACAAGAGUAGAGAAGUCGAAGAUUGGAUCAUCGAAGACAAAUUCGUCAUCUUCAUCAUCCUUUACGCUGGAAUUGUGGGACAAGCGAUGUCGACAGUAGUGACGUCAUGGUCAAUAAAAAUGACGGGAGCAGUCUUCGUGUCAACAUUCAGCCCCGUUAGUCUCGUCUCUGCUACGUUAUUCGAUUUCCUCAUCUUACACUCUCCUUUAUACCUCGGCAGCAUACUUGGAUCAGUAGUGACUAUAACGGGUCUCUACGUGUAUCUUUGGGGGAAGAAGAGUGAGACAGAUCAGUCUGUUUCGAAGACUUUGACCACUUCCAAGUCUUGUCAAAUGAUUGAAAACGAAGAACAUAUCAUUAUCAAUGAUAACAAUACUAAAUUGCCCGUUUGAUAUAUUAUAUAAUUUAUAUUUAGAGCUCACUACAACCAUAUAAUAUUAUGAUGGAGAUAGAUAUUUGCUAUCAUAAUCGCGAUAACUUUUAGCCAUCAGAUUAUAAGUUUUUUUUUUCCUUCUGUAUUUUUAAGUCUUUUAGGAGUGAGAUUUGUUGGUUCGUUCCAUGGAGAUUCUAAGAAAUGAUUCAUUGCAAGCUGUAACGGUACGUAACCACUUGUAUCAAGUUGACUAUAAAAAAAAGAAAAAAAAGAGGUUCAAUAGGAAAAUUAGUUCAUGAAGCAAACACAACACUCAGUUUACAAAUUCUUUUUGUUUGGCAUUUUUAAA